AAUAAGGGGGCCUGUAAUGUAGAUUCAAUUGGUCAAAUACCCGUUUCUCGUUUCUACUUCUUGCAAAAAAUAUCUAUUUGUUCCAUUUUUACUUUACCCCUCAAGGUCCUGUUAUAAACUCUUAUUCUCUCUCUUGUUAUUUUUGUAUCUUUUUCUUUUCUGUCGAUCUGAUCUAUUUUUCCUUCUUCUCCAAAGAUUGACUGCUUGGGUCUUCGAUUUCAAGGAUCGGAGAUUGCAGUAGUCUAUUUCUGAAAUCUAAGUUUUUAUGGGUGUUGAAAUCAUGGGGGGAGAUGUAGCUCAUGUUCAUGCGAAGGAAGUAACUGAAGGAGAAAAGAAAACUCUUGUGCAUGAGAAACAAAAUGGAAAGCUGAAACAGGGACCAGUACUUGAUGAGCCGGUUAAAUUUGGUUCUCAAGGAAAUGAUGUACCUGUGAAAGAAGAAGCACCGGUUAAAGAUACCAACUUGCCAAAGGAUGUUGUUGAUGAAUGGCCUGAAAAUAAGCAAAUUCAUUAUUUCUAUUUCCCAAGAGUUCGGCCUUUGGAUGACCCAAAACUGAAAGUGAAAAUUGAUCAAGCUGAAAAAGAGCUACGUAGGAAGAAUGAUGCACGUUUUCAGAUAUUGGAAGCGAUUAAGGCGAAAAGAACCGAACGUGGGGAUGUGUUUUCGCAAUUGAAGCCUUUAAUCGGUGAGAACCAAAAGUAUAGGGAAAUUGUUGAUCAGAAGAGGAGUGAAAUGAAACCUUUACAUGAGGCUCUGGGACAGUUUCGCACAAACCGCGAAAGGGGUACUGGUUUAUGCUCGUCAGAACAAGAGCUUAAUGAUGCUAUUCGCAACUUGAAUUAUCAGAUCCAACAUGAGAGCAACACAUUGGCCGAGGAGAAAAAAAUACUAAAGGAAAUUAGAGUACUUGAAGGGUCAAGGGACAAGGUUAUUGCUAAUUCUGUUAUGACAGCCAAGAUUCAGGAUUCGUUAGGUCAGAAGGAUGCUAUUCAGGACCAAGUCAAACUUAUUGGUGGUGACUUGGACGGAAUAAAAAAAGAGAGACAAGCCGUUACAGCAAAGAUUAAGAUAUUGGAUGGUGAGAUCAAGGCCAUAGAUCAAGAUAUUAAGAAAUUACAAGAGGAAUUGGAUGCUCUCAGCCAGUCAAGGGAUAAGCAGUUUGAACAUAUUCGUGAACUGAGAAAUCAGCGUGAAGGAGGGAAUUCAGCCUUUUACCAAAACCGAUCACUCCUGAACAACGCUCGAGGAUUUGCUGCAAACAAGGAUAUAACAGCCCUUGAAGAUUUAUGUAAUACCGAGGUUGAGAAAUUCAUGUCCCUGUGGAGUAGUAGCAAGGCUUUUAGGGAUGAUUACGAGAAAAGAAUCCUGUCUUCACUUGAUUCUCGACAAUUGAGCAAGGAUGGAAGAAUCAGAAAUCCAGAUGAAAAACCUUUGGUUUCAGAACCACCGGCAGCCGUUGAACGCGAGGUAUUGAAGCCUGUAGUAAAACGGCCAAAGGAAGAAACUAAGACCCACCCACAGCAAGAUAAAACUCAUGUUACCAAGGUCCAAAAGGAAGAACUGAAAAAAUCAACCGCACCAGUCAUCAGUACAAAGAUUGAAGACGUAGAAGAGGAGAUUUUCUCAAUUGGAAAACCACAAAAGGAGCCUGUGAAGGCAAUUGAUCAAGCAAAAUUGAAGGAGAUUAAAAGGGAAGAGGAGAUUGCCAAAGCUAAGUCAGCUUUAGAGAGGAAGAAGAAGUUGGCAGAGAAAGCAGCAGCUAAAGCAGCUAUUCGGGCUCAAAAAGAAGCUGAAAAGAAACUCAAGGAUCGCGAGAAGAAGUCGAAGAAGAAGAUAGGAGUUACUCCAGAUUCUGAAGAGCAGUCAGAAGCAGAAAACUUGGGAAGUGUUGAACCUGAAAAUGCAAAUGUCAGUGUUGAAGCUCCAAUCCAAACAAAGACCAAAGAACAAAAGGAAAACACAGUGAGGCCUAGAAUCCGGGCCAGAGGUGGUCAGGAUUCACUCCCUAAGGUUAUCCUAAAGCGUAAGAAGGCAACGCCAUACUGGACAUGGGCUGCUCCUGCUGCUUUGGUAAUUCUUAUCCUUUUGGUGCUUGGGUAUUACUAUCUUCUUUGAAAACAAACACUUCCAGCCAAAAAAAAAACAAAAGACAAUUAGAGUGAGAUUUAUAGAAAUGGGAGAGGGUCUAAUUUUCGGUUAACGAGCUUAUGUCAUGUUCUACUUUUUUCAAGUUUUAGAACAGUGAAGACUAAUAUUUUGUUCUUUUACAUCCCGGGUUGUUUAUGAACUCGAAUAAACUCAUAAUGUUUCUUGGUAGCCCAUAACAGUUGCUGAGAUUAUGUUUUAAUUCGUUUUUAAGACAAAGAAGAUACAUUAAAGCAUGUUAUUUCCUGAUUA